AUGUAUCGGAGCAUGAGAAGUGAUCUUGGCAGAGAAGAUCGGAGUUCAACCCAUCAAAGAAGACAGUGUGUAGAGAACCAUGAUGGAUGUGUUGAUGAAGUAAAUGAUCAUAUGGGGUUUCACUCAGCUUCAAAGACCACUGAAGAACAAGAAGAAUCGGAUUCUCAUCGCUGUUCACUCCGUCGUUCAAAAAGGGCUAGAAUGGAGAGCACCAGGAGUACAAUCACUGACGAGACAAUGUCAAUUCCGUACAGCUUUGAUGAUCAUCUUCACACCAUGGGAAUAAAGCAGCCGCUGCCAUUUUCUUUCAGAUAUUCAGUAGAACAACCUAAUUACCAUAAGGUUGGCAAGGUAGGAGUAGAACACGAAGACGAACAAGACGGUGAACACGUCAAACUGAACGUAAAGAGAUCGUGCAUUCAACACGAUAAGGAGGAAGAAGAAGAAGGAUGUGAAUUAUCGUUGUCACUGUCGCUGCAACACCUGCCAUCGUCACAGAGAAGUAAUACAUCUUGUACAAGCGAGAUGAGCAGCAGCAAGGGGUUCUCGUCAUCAUCCUACUCUAAUUAUAAAGACCGCUCCAUCCCACGUAGUCUUAACUUAGAUCUUUCCAUUGCUCUUUGUGGCAACUAAUCUUCAUUGCUGUC